UUUUUUUCGGACUGCACGAAUUAUCGUUACAAAUACAAUACGCAACACAUACGUAAGCUGGCCAUGCGGAAACACGUUUCUUCGGGUGUCGAAGAAUCGAAUAGUUUCUUAAACACCGCGAAAUUAAUCUGCGCUCUCGUCUUCAAGACAAUGUUACGAUGGGAAAAUAUGCGGUUGACGAACUCGCAACAAAACGCUAAGUCGCCAUAACGCGCGGAACACUGCGCGCCACCCAGCUGAAACGAAGAAAGCCGCGAUCCGCGAAUCUCCACGUAACUAUACUUUCUAUGUAUCUUCCGUACUUAACGGACCUCUCGCUCUUUCUCUCUCCCUGCCUUCUGACAGCUCGCGCCCCGUCUCGACGCUCUUCGAAGCGGCUGACGCCGUGUUAACCGCUCUCGCCCUUCCCUUCACGCUUGUGCACGCUCUUCCUGUUGCCACUCGGGGCGCGAGAGUAUCCUCCGGCUGAUUUCGGAUCACCGUCGCACGUUUCACGGCGCGACGAUUUAACAAUCACAAUAAUCGAUAAUCCCGCGGCGAUAGAACCAAGGUGCCUGUACCGUUGUUGGCGGUCCGCGGAUCGAGAAGGACACACGUCGUCGCCGCGAGCAAGCAAACGCGCCGAGGAGGUAGUAGGAUCGCCAGUCGAAUUUCUGUCCUCGUCGUCGUCGUUGUCGUCGCGAGAACGGCGCGUGCCGCCGGAGAAUAGUGAGCGCGACAGAACGAGGAAGAGAGACGGAGAGGGAGUGAGAAAGAGGGAAAAACACGGGGCGAGCGAGCGAGAAGCUAAACCGUGGAAAAGGCGAGAAAGAGAGAGAGUGAGAGAGAGAGGUGGAUUCUCGCGUUGGCUCUCUCUCGGUGGCUUCGUCAACCGUUGUGAAUCGCCCGAAUGGCGCGGCUCAGCUGUAAGCAUCCCGCGGAAUAAAAUGCGUCUUCUACUUGGGAUUCUGGUCCGGAUGACAGCCAACGUCGGGACGUAAGGUGACGUCGCAGCAGGAAAAACAUGGAGCGUCCGUUGAACAUCGAAGUUACACGUUGUUCGAAUCGAUGCUACAUUUAGCCUUGCAUCUGAACGGUCUUUAAUGCAACAAGAUUGCUACAUUGUUGAGGGAUCAGAAUUCCUGCCGGAAGCGAUGGAUGCGAUAUGCGAUGAGGAUAGGCGGAGACGCCUACAAAUGUUGGAGGAUCGCAUAAGAGAUCCAAGAAGCGUCGCAAAUAUCGAUUGCUUGUUGGACACGGUUCAAGCCUUGGUUUUAGAUUGCGAUCAUGCGAGUGUGAAACGUAUGAAAAAUAUAGAAGCUUAUAUGAAUAGAUAUGACUCCGUAGCUCAAGAGAUUUACCAGGCGCGAAUGCGCACGGAUGAUUUUACUUUGAUCAAAGUAAUCGGUCGUGGUGCGUUCGGAGAGGUGCAGUUGGUUAGACAUAAAUCUACAAAAAAGGUGUACGCUAUGAAACUGCUUAGCAAAUUCGAAAUGAUUAAAAGGUCGGACUCGGCAUUCUUUUGGGAAGAGAGAGACAUAAUGGCUCACGCUAAUUCUCCGUGGAUAGUCCAGCUGCACUUCGCGUUUCAAGAUCAGAAGUAUCUUUACAUGGUGAUGGACUACAUGCCGGGCGGCGAUCUGGUGAAUCUGAUGUCGAACUACGAGGUGCCGGAGAAGUGGGCGAAAUUUUACUGCGCCGAGGUGGUGCUCGCAUUGGACGCAAUACACUUGAUGGGUUUUGUUCAUAGAGACGUGAAACCCGAUAACAUGUUGCUCGACAAGCACGGCCACUUGAAACUCGCCGAUUUCGGAACAUGUAUGAGAAUGGAUGCGGACGGCUUGGUACGGUCCGAUACCGCGGUUGGUACGCCCGAUUACAUAUCCCCGGAGGUUCUGCAGUCGCAAGGUGGUGAAGGAGUGUACGGCCGCGAGUGCGACUGGUGGUCCGUUGGUGUUUUCCUGUACGAGAUGCUGUACGGCGAUACACCGUUUUUUGCCGAUUCUCUAGUCGGCACGUAUUCGAAGAUCAUGGACCACAGAAAUUCGCUGUACUUCCCUCCGACCGUUGAGAUCUCUCCCUCGGCGAAGAAUUUGAUAUCCGGGUUUCUCACCGACAGAACGAUGCGUCUGGGUCGCAACGGCAUCGACGAGAUCAAAGAACAUCCGUUCUUUAAGAACGAUCAGUGGACUUUCGACAAUCUGAGAGAAUGCGUGCCACCGGUAGUGCCCGAGCUCUCGGGAGACGACGACACAAGUAAUUUCGACGAUGUUGAGAAGGAAGAUGUGUCGGAAGAGAAUUUUCCGGUGCCCAAGGCGUUCUCCGGCAACCACUUGCCUUUCAUCGGUUUUACCUAUUCGGGUGAUUAUCAGUUAAUGGCUUCCUACGGCAAGGAAUAUGUAGACGGAUUAGAGAAUCAUAUCAACAACGGCACUAUCAACGAGGACAUGAAGAUCUCGCAGCUGGAGAACCUGUUGGAUCGCGAAAGGCGGCAGGUGGAGAUCCUGGAAUUGAAGCAGAAACAGUUGAGCACGCAAUUGGAAACGGUGACGCGUCAGGAGGAGGCUCUGCGCGACGAGAUCGGCAGGGCGGAGAAAGAGAUAACGCUGCUCAGACACAAUUACAAGGAGGCACAGCGCAGAAUGGAACACGAGGCGGAAGCUCGUCGAAAAGCGGAGUCGCUGUUGAUGGAAGUGAAGAUGAAGUUUGAUGAAGAACAGACAAGACGGGCACGGGACGCCAGCAACUCGCAGCAAACGUCCGAGAGAGUGACCACUCUGGAAAAACAAAUCAAAGAGAUGCAAUGCAAACUGGAGAGAGAAACGGAAACGGUGACGAGAUUGCGGAAACAAGCGACGGAAAUCACUGUGGCCCGUCAAGCCGCCGAGCAACUGGCUAACGAGUUGCAAGUCGCAAGGGCUCAACUGCAAGCGCAGCGUGAUACUUUACAGCAGGAAGUUGCAACUCUCCAGGGCCAGCUUUCCAAAGAACGCAGCUCGAGAUCGCAAGCGUCAUUGCUGAUAGCCGACUUGGAGACACGUCUUUCUACUUUGCAAGACGAAUUGGAACGCAGUCACGAGAAAGAAGACAAGGCGACUCAGGACAAUAGACAACUAACCGAAAAGGUUUCCGCGUUGGAGAAGGAGGCUGCUAGUUUAACUGUGGAAUUGAAGGCAGCACAAGCCAGGUAUAAUCAGGAAGUUGUGGCGCAUCAAGAAACGGAACGUUCGCGCAUGCUUUCCAAAGAGGAAGCCAAUCUGGAAGUUGUCAAAGCUCUACAAGCAAAACUGAACGACGAGAAAAGUGGAAGGCAACGUGCGGAAUUGCUUGCGCAGGAAAAGGAACGUCAGACGUCAUUGCUCUCCGUGGAUUACAGACAGAUACAGCAACGAUUGCAGAAAUUAGAGGGCGAGCACAGACAGGAGAUGGAAAAGGUCAAAGCCCUGCAGGGCCAAAUUGAGCAGGAACAACAGAAGAGGAACGUUCUGCAAACGGAGUUGGGCCAACAUCUGUCCGAAGCGGGAAGACUUCGCGCUCGCGAGCAACAGCUAGUCGGAGAAGUUGCUCAGCUGAGGGAAGCUAAAAGACAAAUAGAAGAUGAGUUGCAUCACUUGAAAACACAAAGAAACGUCGAUCAGCUACAGACAAAAGAAUUGCAGGAACAAUUAGAGGCUGAAGCUUAUUUUUCGACUCUGUACAAAACACAAACGCAAGAGUUGCGCGAAGAAUUAGAUGAGAAAAUAAGGCUACAACAGGAGUUGGAAGAAGAGCGUAGCUCUCUGGUCCAUCAGCUGCAACUGUCAUUAGCGCGCGGUGACAGCGAGGCGCUAGCCAGAUCCAUAGCCGAGGAAACAGUGGCAGACUUGGAGAAAGAAAGAACCAUGAAAGAGCUGGAGUACAAGGACGGAGUAGCGAAGCAUCAUCAGGAAUUAAGCGCGAAAGAACAAAUUAUAAACAGACUUAAAGAAAACGAGAACGAAUUCAAGAAAUCGGUUGAGCAGGCUUUGAAAGAGAAGGAGGACGCGUCGAAACGAUUGAAGGAGCUGCAGGAGCAGCUUGGCAAGGCGCAGUCCAACAUGGAGGAGAUCGAGAAGCUCAGCAGCAAAUUGAAGACCGAACAAUUGCUGAAACAGCAAGCAGUCAACAAGUUGGCCGAGAUUAUGAACCGGAAAGAUAUUUCGUCGAGUGGAAAGACCAAGAACAAAGCGUCUGCCGCGGAUCUCAGGAAGAAAGAGAAGGAUUGCAGACGCCUGCAGCAAGAACUCACUCAAGAAAGAGAGAAGUACGGACAGUUGGCAGCUAAAUGGCAGAAAGAUUUGCAGGAUAUGCAAGCGCAACUCGUGGAGGAAAAUCAGGCGAAGCUGAGGCUGCAGAUGGAACUCGACUCGAAAGACUCGGAGAUCGAAACGUUGCAGAUGAAAAUCGCGUCGCUCAAUUCGGAAACUGCCAGUAUGUCCUCCAUAGAGAACGACGACGGUGAGGACUCGGUUCUGUCCGAACACGGUACGAUGAGACUGGAGGGCUGGUUAAAUGUGCCAAACAAACAGAACAUUAAGCGGCACGGCUGGAAGAAGCAGUACGUUGUCGUUUCUUCUAAGAAGAUCAUAUUCUACAACAGCGAAAACGACAAGUUAAACGCCGAUCCGGUCCUGAUACUAGACUUGAACAAAGUCUUCCACGUUAGAUCCGUUACUCAGGGUGAUGUUAUUCGAGCCAAUGCCAAAGAUAUACCCAGAAUAUUUCAGUUACUUUACGCUGGCGAAGGUGAAGCGAGGCGACCCGGCGACGAGGGGAAUACACUGCCCGGAGUUGAUUUACCACAGCUCACAGACAAACCUGGCACUCAGUCGCUGAAGGGUCACGAGUUCGUGUCAAUAUCCUAUCACAUGCCGACGACCUGCGAGGUCUGUUCGAAGCAGCUCUGGCACAUGUUCCGACCUUCGCCGGCUCUCGAAUGCCGAAGGUGUCGUAUCAAGGUUCACAAAGAACAUUUGGAUAAGAAGGAAGAUGCCAUAGCCCCGUGCAAACUACAUUACGACCCGAACAGCGCUCGCGAGUUGCUAUUGCUCGCAGCGAAUCCGGAAGACCAGAAGUACUGGGUCUCACGGCUGUCCAGACGAGUCCAGAAAUGCGGCUACAAAGCGAAUUCGCAUGUGGACGGAACAGGACAGCGCGUCUCCCCAAGGGAAUCCACGAGGUCGUCCUUAAAGCCAUACUUAUCGGUUCAGCAACGAUCGGCGACGUUACCGGCGAACGCAAGUAUGGGCAAGUGAUCUUGGAGAAAGCUAGUACUGGCCAUUAAGAAUCUGCUGCCUAUCCGUUCCCUUCGAUAACGCGCGAUGUCGGACUAUCGUCGAAAUUCUCGUCGAUUUUCUCUGCGCACCCUCGGCGAACGAAGUAGACUGUCCAUAUUAGUUUCUUAAAAUCGAGACAAGGAAAUAAUCGAGACUACGCGACUCUUGCGUGAUGUCUUCGCAGCUAAGAAAUUUAAGUGAACUUGAAAUUCGCAAGAAAUCCAUAGGAGAAAACAGGGUUUAAUAUGCAUGAAGUAUACUGAACGACGAGCGGGUAAAAAAAAAAAUAUGGUGCGAAAAGAAGGAUGGAAGAAAAACGAAGAGAGAUGAAAAAUCGCUGUAUGCAGGGUAUAAAAUAUGUAAACGCGCAUUUAUCGCGUUAUAUUUUCGGGACAAUAACAAAGGACGCGUCGUGUGUUCCUCGGAAUCAUUAGAAUCGUCUUUUUAAUUACGAGCAACGAUAUAUGCGAUGCAACAAUCCUUCCUUCGUAAACGUGAUAAUAUUAUUCAUAGGAGGAGGGGAUUGUGUAAAAUGUUUUUUCGAACUUUUCCGCAGUGAUUUUUCUAAUUGGAGUUAUAUAUUCGAUUUUGUACGCACAUUUUUCUUACUGCCUUCGAUCAAUCAUGAGGAUUUUUAGCUUAAGGCGUUUUUUUGAUGCUUUAAACCGAAAUUUCGAGAAAGUUUGGGAAAAAGCAUAUAUAUAUAUAUGUAUAUAUAUUAUAUGUAUGUAUAUGUAUAGCGUUUUCGAAAUCAUUUUAUAUACAGAUUGUUCUUCGGAAACGUGUCUGUGUGUGUCGGCAGAUGUGCGCGGGAAAGGUUGCUUUUUAGAAACAACAACACGCGUCUUAUAGUGAGGAUUUAUUUAACGUUUGAUAAGUCGCGAGGUUUGUUGUCUGUCGAACUUCAACAGAAUGUAAAUAGCGGAAUACGAGUCUGAAGAUCAAUAUAUAUUUUUUUUUUUUGUUUUAUAUAUAUAUAUAUAUAUAUAUAUAUAUGUAAAAUUCCAUGCGAGUGUGAAUUCACUUCGCGGAUGUUGCGACAAGCAAGCAAUAUUGCGACAGUGACCAGCGUGCGGCGUGUGCGAAGGAUCAUUGCGUGCGAGUAUAUAUACAACGGCAGUGCCAGCAUGUAUAGUAGAGAUUAAUGAUUAUAUAAGUUAAGAGUUUUAUCAUGAUGAUACACGAGCUAACGACGUCCGCUGUAUCCCGACAGAGACAAAAACAAAAAGAAAAAGAGAGAAAAGAAGCUAAAAGACACACAGAACAUGCAUAAUCGAGAGGCUUAGGAGCUUCGUCAUGGUGCCAUACGGCUUGUGGCCAUCCUUGGCAUCGAAGGAAGCGAUUAAAAAGAAAAACAGAAACAAGAAGAAUCGAUCGUAGGAACCGUUUAGGGUAUUAUUAAUGCGUCAUCGCCGUUUGUGUUCUUUCCAAAGUACCUCCGCGAGAUAUCGUCGGAACGAAGAGAGAGCCGCUUGCAUCGGCGGCUAACUGUGGUUAACUGCAUUCUCCAUCCCUCUCCCGUCUCCCUCCUUUCACGAGGCUUAAUAGAUAUUAAUUAAUUGUGCAGUUACGUGAAUUUUACAUGAUCUCUGAGUGAUGAUGUUUUCUCGCUGGGAGACAAAAUUGAGAAACAAAGGGUCGAUAAAUAAAAAAAAAAACCUCGGUCGGCUUUUGACUUGUACAUACGUGCUAUAUAGGCUAUAAUUAAAUUUAGAAAAGAAGAAAUAGAAAACCGCAACGACUAGACUUGAAUUAAAACCAAUAGAGGAAGUAACAGAGCAAGCAAGGUAAGCAAGAUUGGCCGUCUCGGCAUUUAUCACGGUACGAACUGUAAUUUAAAUUCCUUUCCGUGUGGGAUAUAUUAUUAUUAUAGCUAGAGCAAGAAAAGGAGAAUUGCUUUAGGUUCAGAGAGUUUAGUUACCCAGAACUGCCGGUGUGAAUGGCUCCGAGAACUCAGCGAGACGUCUCUUUAAAAUAUUAUGGUGCUCCCCUUGUCCCGUCUUUUAUCCUUUCGGUUUUGAUGAAACGGCGAGAACGAGCGAAACGUCAUCGUGAUGAUCAUUGAAGUCGAAAAUACGAGAGAGAAAAAGAGGUGCAUGUAUUAAAAACAGAGAGAGAGUAAAUUACCAUCCUUGAUAUACUGCCCCCCGUGCCUUCUUCCUUACUCUUGGUCCUCUAUGAGGACGGAACGGGAAGAAAAUUGACAAUGAGAGAGAGAGAGCGAAAGAAAAAUAAAGAAAGAAUGUGCGAGAGUGUGCGUGAGAGAGUGAACGAGAACGGAAGAAGAGGGAGAACUUGUUACAGCAUAUUUUAUUAUUGUUUAGUUAUUUACAAUCUGUAUAUUAUUAAUUAAUAUUACGAUUAAAAGUAUUUUGUAGAUAAUAUGCGGUCUUUGAGAUGAGAGAUGCUUUUAUAUAUAAUCAACGACUGUGCGAUAUCGAGCUCGGAGCUUUCGCGAUCCUAUUUUUUACGAUCCGUGUCUUUUGGUUUUUUUUCUUUUUUUUUUUUUUUUUCUUUGUUUCGUUAUUUUACGUUCUCUUUCGAUUCGACAUCGUUGUAACUCAAAAACCGUUCUCUCAUUCUCGACAUCAGUCCACAUAUCUAGUAGAACUGAUCGGAGAGAGAUUCCUUCUACAUACGAUUGGCGUUAUGACAAUCUUAUGCAACUUUGUCGUAAUAUCGAGAGUGGAUUUAAAUUGCCUUAGUCGCGUGAUUGAGACACUAAGUAAACUCGUUUUCUCUCUUUUUUAACCGGAACCUGUUCUGAUUUCAUUUCGAGUUGUUGUUGUCUUACAACAAUCCCGAGAACAAAGAUUGAAGUGAAAUCUGCAUACGUUUGGCUACAAAGCCAACGAGAACGUUCUUCCCACAUAACGCACGCAAAGGAUUUUGUAAAUUUGGGAAUAACAAGGUUUACACACAUGUGUGAAAUAAUUUCCUCUGUAGUACAACAAGUGUAACUGUUUUUCUUUAAUUUAUUUUUUUUUUUUGUUUACUCGCGAGGAAGCGAUUGGAGAAGAGAAAUCUAAAAAUUAUUUUCAUAAAUAAAUACUUAAGAUCUCGAACGAACGCACAAUGUUUCUAAUCUCAAACAGGAAUAAAGCCAGAGAAGAAGAAGAACAAUUUACGAAACAGAGCUACGAUCUCGCAGCUUCGGACACGCUGCGAGAUUUGUUGCGAGAUUACAUUGCAUCUGAGGUAAACGAGAUCGUGUGACAUUGACACAUGCAAAAAAAAAAAAA